AUGCUGAGAGAGGAGCUGUGAUUGGUCCGUCGCGGUGGGUGUUUCCGCAUUCCGCACAGAGCUGUCAGCAGAGGCGCAAGUUGGAGAGGGGACCGUCGCGUCUGUGCAGAAACCUCCGCGGUCAUUCCCAGAGGAAUAACGGUCCAUCGCCAGGGAGCAGGGAUGCCUUACAUGUUCAUCAGCACGCAGAUCCGACUGGAGAAUGGUCCAACAAAUGUGGGAGACGAAUAUUCUGAUCCAGCUGUCAUGAAUUACCUGGGAGCGAGGAAAACGACUAUGCUGGGAAACAAUUUCUCUGAGUACCACGUGGAUGACCCCCCUCGCCUGGUGUUGGACAAGCUGGAGAAGAUCGGCUUCCGCGUGCUGGCGAUGACGGGGGUGGGACAGACGCUGGUGUGGUGUCUCCACAAAGAGACGGCGUGAUGGGAGUGAUGACUGGAUCAAAAUACCUGUGGAAGCCUUUAAAAGGAUGAAUGAGUCGUGAUGAUGAACUUUGUCAAGUCCUUUAAACCUUUGGUUCCCAACCCCACGCGGACAUCUUGUAAAUCAGGCUUUUGCCGAGUGAAAAUAAAGUUCUUAAAUUGAGAUUAUCCCAGACAUAAGGUUUCAGAUUACCUUCAAUAGGUGACUGGCCACCAGUUUCAGGGGAACACUGAAUUACAUUCCAGAGUUUUACAAGACCCCUUGCCCAUAUUGUUUGCUCCUUACUGCUGGUGACCAUGUGCAGGGAGUGAGGGCCAGUUUAACUGUUAAUUUGUCAUUUGGCAGAAGAACUUAAUUAAAGGCAUGUCUGUGAAUUCAGCCUGCAAAAGGCCUCAUCCAAGCAAAUAAAACUCAGUGCUAGAUAGAUUUGUAUUCACAGCACUGUGUAAAGAUGUUUUUGUAAGUGUAUCAUAUGCUUAUGAUUAAAUGAUGUAAUG